AGAGACCCGGAGGAUUGAUCCAGUGUUCAUUCGCUGCAUGCGCGGUGCUGGAGAACAGAGAGUGUCAAGUGAUUUUGGUUCUUGGUUUUCAAGAAACUUGAAUUCGUUCCAAGAUGAAGUGUGUAUCCUUGGGUGUCCAGAAGAUGUUUUAUAGUCUGGGAUUCAAAAUUGGCCGAUACCCUGCGUUUUUCGUGGGUAUGUCGCUAUUGAUGUGCAUCAUGUUACAAGCGUCAAUGCGAUCCAUAAGUUUCAAUGCCGGUCAGAAUGAAUACGUCGCACCGCGGAACACUGAGUCUCGGAAGGAUGAAAUCGUGCACAACUAUUUCAACUCUCUGCAAUAUAAAUGCCAAAAAGACUUCACCGAGCCGAAUACGACCAUGCUUGCUGGGAAAUUGAUGCCGGACCGUGUUGCUACCAUGUUCAAUGUUCUCGGCGUGAUUGUGAAAGCAAAAGACGGGGGCAGCGUGUUGAGACAAAAGGUGUUCCGCGAAAUCAACUUGAUCCAGCAGGAGAUCCUCAAGGUUCAAAUCGAAAGUUUACACAGGAAGUGGCAGUAUGCAGAUGUUUGUCUCCCGAUGUAUCCGAAGUGCGACGAAGAAAAG